AUGAUUUUUUUUAAGAAUCGGGCCGAGGAGGCGCGCGCGCAGGGUCACCUCCCGCCCGAAUUCUCCGUGCAGGCGCAGUUCAUUGAGCUCUACAACGAAGACAUUGUGGACCUACUCGACCCGGCUAAGGACCCGUUCGCCAAGAGCGAGGGUGAUGAGGAUCGGUGCGGGAUCAUCCCGCGGGCGAUCCGCGACCUCUUCACCGGCGCCGACCAGGGAGCCGAGGAGGCGCGCGCGCAGGGUCACCUCCCGCCAGAAUUCUCCGUGCAGGCGCAGUUCAUUGAACUCUACAACGAAGACAUUGUGGACCUGCUCGACCCGGCUAAAGACCCGUUCGCUAAGGGCGCGUUAAGGAUAACAGAAGACGGCUGCGGCGGCGUCCGCGUAGUAGGUGCUUCCAUGCGGGCAGUCCGCAGCAUCAAGGAAGCCCUCGGCGCCCUUCGCGCUGGAGCCCUAGCCCGGACUACGGCGGCCACCAACAUGAACUCAUCAUCCUCACGAUCCCACGCCGUCUUCACCCUGCUAAUGAGGCAGAGGAGACUCGCUGCCGAUCUGGAAGUCACCGAAAAGGAGGUCGACGCGGAAGCGCCGGAGCAGUUUGAAACGCUGACGGCCAAGUUCCACUUUGUUGAUCUGGCCGGCUCUGAGAGACUUAAACGGACAGGGGCCACCGGUGAGCGAGCCAAAGAGGGGAUAUCCAUAAACUGCGGGCUCCUGGCGCUCGGGAACGUCAUAUCGGCCCUCGGAGACAAGUCGCGGAAAGUCCUGCACGUGCCCUACCGAGAUUCCAAGCUGACGAGGCUGCUUCAAGACUCGCUCGGAGGCAACAGCAACACAGUGAUGAUAGCGUGUGUGUCGCCAAGCGACAGGGAUUUCAUGGAGACGCUCAACACAUUAAAGUACGCGAACCGAGCUCGGAACAUCAAGAACAGAUGCGUCGUCAACCAAGACCUCACGUCGCGCACCAUCAACCAGCUGCGGCAAGAAGUGGCGCGGCUACAACUAGAGUUGGCAGAGUAUAAACAGGGUAAACGCGUGAUAUCAGAAAACGGCGAAGAAGGCUGGAGUGACGUGGUUCAAGAGAACGCGAUUCUAACCGGCGAGGUGGAGGCGCUCCGCAGACGCGUGAAGGCCAUGCAAGGCACCAUCGAGCAGCUGUCGGCGCGGAACAGCGAGCUGGCCGCCGAGAAGGCGCUGGGCCACUGGGCGCCCAAGGACGCCAGCCCUGAUGCCACGGACUGCUCGCUUACCGCCCUGGUCCAGGGCUACGUGAGCGAGAUAGAAGACUUGCGAGCACAGCUGAUGGAAGCGACGGCUCUGUACGAGGCCAGCCGCCGCCGCGAGCAGAUGGUGGGCCGCACGCGACACGACUCCGUGCACGAUACGUCCUCCGUCAUAGACGACGCCAAACGGGAGCUCUAUAAGGAAAAAGAGCUUCUAGCCCGCAGCAUGGGCGAGCUAGAAUUCCAGCGCAAGCUCGAGAUGAGCGAGAGCGUGACGAGCGAGCGCGACGAGCGGCCCAUCGGCGAGCGCGAGCGCGCGGAAGGCGAGAGCGCCGACGACUCCGAGCCCUCCGACGACGACGACACCGACGCCGACGACGCCGAGACCAAAGGGCAACGCGACCUCACCGCUCAGCUGGCAGCCUUGAGCGAAGACAUCGACACCAAAGCGCGGCUCAUCGAACAGCUGGAAGUGUCGCAGCGCAGGCUCACCGCCCUAAGGCAGCACUACGAGCAGAGGCUCGACACCCUGCACCACCAGAUCAAGGCCACCAACGACGAGAGGGAUAAAGUUCUGGCGUCCUUAGCAACGCAGGCAUCCCCACCAAGUGAGAAACUGAAGCGCGUCAAAGACGAAUAUGAACGACGGGUCUCUGCGAUGUCCCGCGAGCUGCGGCGGCUGCAGGCGGCGCAGCGCGAGCACACGCGGCUGCAGCGCUCGCAGCAGCACACCACGCAGCAGAUCCUGGCCCUGAGGAGCGACCUCCAGAACAUGAAGCGGGACAAGGUCAAGUUGGUCCAAAGGAUGCGAAUGGAAGCGAAACGCCACGCGCAAGCUGAAGCCGCGAGAGCUAAGGAGGUAGCGCAAUUGCGAAAAGAAUCAAGAAAGAACGCGAAUUUGAUCAGAUCAUUAGAAGCAGAAACGAGGCUGAAAGAACAGGUACUGAAACGCAAGCAAGAGGAAGUGUCGUUACUUAGGAGAGGCCACCGCGAUAAGCUUAGCAGUCGCGCUGCGGGCAGAUUGCAUGAUCGCAACCGCAAAAACAAAAUGGCGCAAUGCCGCGAGGCGUGGUCCAAGCUCGACUGCUGGGUGUCCCGCGUGUGCGCCGCGCGGACCACGCUCGCCGAAUUGGAACACGCGCUCGAACAACAGCUGCGCCAGCGGGACAGCGCCACGAGGGCCGCGCGGGACACGCGCGACCCCGACAAUGAGCAGCUGCUGCAGUACUUGCGGACUGCCAUAGCUGACACGCAGACGCAGAUCAUGCAGAUCGAGGAGGAGAACGACGAGAACGAGCUGCCUCGACUACUGGAGCAGAUCGAGUCUGUGGAGGCGGCGCGCUACGCGCUGGAGCGGCUGGCCGCGCUGGCUGCGACGCACGCGCACGACGCCGCGCGCGCGCGAGCCUUGCUGCAGCACACCGGCGCGCGACUCAAGGAGCUGGAAGAGAACUCGGAGCGCGCGGCGAGCGCCCUGCGCGCGGCCGGCGACCACAACCUCAACCCCUGGGCCGUGCCGCCGCACGCGCUGCACGCGCUGCUCGCGCACGUCUCCUCCGGCUCCUCCACGCGCGCCGUCUCGCCCACCGACAGGUGCGUGGCGCCGCUGGCGGGUCACACUACUGUAGCGUGUCCAGCUGGAGAGAACUCGGAGCGCGCGGCGAGCGCCCUGCGCGCGGCCGGCGACCACAACCUCAACCCCUGGGCCGUGCCGCCGCACGCGCUGCACGCGCUGCUCGCGCACGUCUCCUCCGGCUCCUCCACGCGCGCCGUCUCGCCCACCGACAGGUGCGUGGCGCCGCUGGCGGGUCACACUACUGUAGCGUGUCCAGCUGGAGAGAACUCGGAGCGCGCGGCGAGCGCCCUGCGCGCGGCCGGCGACCACAACCUCAACCCCUGGGCCGUGCCGCCGCACGCGCUGCACGCGCUGCUCGCGCACGUCUCCUCCGGCUCCUCCACGCGCGCCGUCUCGCCCACCGACAGGUGCGUGGCGCCGCUGGCGGGUCACACUACUGUAGCGUGUCCAGCUGGAGAGAACUCGGAGCGCGCGGCGAGCGCCCUGCGCGCGGCCGGCGACCACAACCUCAACCCCUGGGCCGUGCCGCCGCACGCGCUGCACGCGCUGCUCGCGCACGUCUCCUCCGGCUCCUCCACGCGCGCCGUCUCGCCCACCGACAGGUGCGUGGCGCCGCUGGCGGGUCACACUACUGUAGCGUCUCCAGCUGGAGAGAACUCGGAGCGCGCGGCGAGCGCCCUGCGCGCGGCCGGCGACCACAACCUCAACCCCUGGGCCGUGCCGCCGCACGCGCUGCACGCGCUGCUCGCGCACGUCUCCUCCGGCUCCUCCACGCGCGCCGUCUCGCCCACCGACAGCACGCUGCUGGAGUUGCGUCGGCAGCACACGAACGGCGUGCGCGAGGUUGCCACGGCGCCCGCCUCGCCGCCCGACGAGCCCGCGCCAUUCCAGAGGAACACCGUGCGACGCGGCUCAGUGCGACUUCGCGACCUCGGCGUGUACGGGCGCGACGACGACCCCAUGACGCAGUCGCUGGUGGAGGCCACGCCCCCGCGGCCCGCGCCCCUCGCCCGCGUGCCCAGCGCGCCCGGCAGCCUGCGAGGCCUAAGUCCUCUGGGGGGCACGGGGGCGCAGUCGCCGGUGUCCCCGCGGCGCGUGGCCGACAGCCCGCGCCUGCCGCGCCGCCAGAUACCGCAGCCCGUGCAUAAGCCCGCCUCCUUAGAGGCCGCACGCACGCCGCCCGCGUCGCCCGGCGCGACGAGGCGCGCGCGGGACGACGACGUGUUUCUGCGACUCGCCGGCGCGCAAGACACGCUGCCGCAAGGUGCCGUCAGGGAAAUGCCGCUCAAGGGUCGGCCGACGGCAGGCGGCGGCGGCGCGGGCUCGUCGUGGGUGCAGUGCACGCACGUGUGUGAGGGUCACGCGGGCGCGGCGCUGGCACUCGCCGCCACUACGCAUCUGCUCUACAGCGGCGGAGUCGACCGCUCGGUCCGCGGCUGGGAUUUAUCCGCCGGUACCGAGGCGUGGCGCGGCUGGUGCGGCGGCGCCGUGAGCGCGCUGGCGGCCGGCGAGGGCGGCGACGCGCGCCUCGUGCUGGCCGCCGCCGGCGCCGCCGUGCGACUGUAUGACACGCGCAGCCGAACGCCUGUCUCUACCUUGUGGUCGAGCGGCGUGAGCGGCGCGUGCCCGUCGAACCGCGGCGUGGGCGAGGUGGCGGUGACCGCGCUGGCGCUAGCGCACGCGCACCGCCUCUACACCGCCGCCGCCGACAAGCUGCGCCUGUGGGACCUGCGCAUGUGAGUGAUGGAGUGCGUGUGCAAGGUGUGGUCGGGUCACGCGGCGGCCGUGAUGUGUGUGGCACUGGGACGAGGCGCGGCGGGCGAGCGCGUCGCCACCGGCUCCAAGGACCACUACGUGCGCACGCUCGACAUGCAGCCCGCCGACACCGGCGCGUGGGAGGCCAGCAACCGGCGCCUGCUCGAGCCGCCGCACUACGACGGCGUGCAAGCGCUCGCGCUGCGAGGAGACGUGCUCUACAGCGCCUCGCGAGACUCCAGCCUCAAGCGCUGGACGCUCGCCGACCUGACCCUCACGCACAGCGUGAUGAACGCGCACAAAGGCUGGGUGACGGGCGUGUGCCUACUGGGCGCGGGUGAGGGCGAAGCGCUAGUGUCGUGCGGCCGGGACGCGGCGCUCCGGCUGUGGAGCCCGGGCCUGCGUGCUGCCGCGCCGCCCGCGCCGCUGCCGGACGCGCCGCACGCGCUGCGACCGCACCCCGACCCAAGGACUAGGACGCUCUACACCGCCGGCAACGGCGGCGAGGUGCGCGCGUGGCGGCUGAGCGCCGAGUGA